CCCUUCCUUCUUCGCACUUCCCUCUCUUCUUCCACUCAUAUUCAUGCCAUCAAGGACAGAACCUAUCUCAUUAAUUCUAUUAGGAAUCUCCAAAACCUUGAUCCUGCUUUGCAUCUCUUUCAGCAAAUGCUUUCCAUGAAUCCUUUGCCAUGUGUGAAGGACUUCAACCUUUUGUUUGGCUCUGUUGCUAAGAUGAAGCAUUACACAGUCGCCAUUUCUUUAAUCAAACACGUGUUCUCCUUAGGAGUCAAAUCUGAUACAUUUACUCUCAGUAUUGUUGUCAAUUGUCUGUGCCGUUUGAAUCACACAUCCUUUGCCUUCUCUGUGGUGGGGAUGAUGUUCAAAAUCGGCUUGGAGCCCGAUGUGGUCACAUUUACCGCCAUUGUUAAUGGUCUUUGUAUUGAAGGCAAUGUGGAUCUUGCUAUAUGGUUAGCUGACCACAUGGAUAACAUGGGGUAUCAAUCCAACAGCCGCACCUUUGGAGCAAUUAUAAAUGGAUUGUGCAAGAUUGACAAAAUCCCUGCUGCCAUUGCCAUUCUAAGGAAGGCAGAAACAAGAAAGUGCAAACCAAGUGUUGAUGUUACGGGUUAUAGCACAAUUGUGGAUAGCCUUUGCAAGGAUGGGCUGGUAUCUGAGGCUUUGAGUCUAUUCUCGGAAAUGACAACAAAAGGUCUUCAACCCGAUACUAUCACUUACAAUUGCUUGAUUCAAGGACUCUGUACUUUCAGCAGAUGGCAAGAGGCUGCGUCUUUACUCAGCGAGAGGAAGCAAAAGGGAAUUAUGCCGGAUACAUAUACUUUUAAUAUUUUAGUGGAUGCUCUUUGUAAAGAGGGAAAGAUUUCCAGUGCUAGAGCCAUACUUGGUCAAAUGGUACGAAUGGGCGAGGAGCCUGAUGUUGUCACCUAUAACUCAAUGAUUGCUGGUUAUUGUUUACUAAGUCAAACGGAGGAGGCCAUGAAAGUAUUUCAUUUGAUGAUUCACAAGGGAUGCCUACCAAAUGUUAGGACUUAUACGUCGUUAAUCCACGGGUGGUGCAAGAUCAAAAGGAUUAAUAGGGCUAUUUAUCUCUUGGAAGAAAUGAUCAAUAAAGGACUAAAUCUGAAUGUUGUUACUUGGACUGCCCUUAUUGAUGGAUUUUGCAGAGUGGGGAAACCGAUAGCUGCUAAAGAAUUGUUUUUUACAAUGCACAAGUUUGGUCAACAUCCUAAUCUACCGACCUGUCGGAUUAUAUUGGAUGGCCUAUUCAAAUUCCAUUUGUUUUCUGAUGCAAUAUCAUUAUUUAGAGAAAUGGAGAAGAAUAAUUUGGAUCUUGAUAUUGAAAUUUACAAUGUGGUGCUCGAUGGGAUGUGCAAUGCUGGAAAACUAAAUGAUGCGUUCAAACUCUUCUCUUGUCUUCCAGCAAAAGGCUUGAAACCUGAUGUAUAUACUUAUACAAUAAUGAUCCAAGGUCUAUGUAGGGAAGCACUUGUGGUUGAUGCUGAAGAGUUACUAAUGAAUAUGGAAAAGGAUGGCUGCCUGCCUAAUUCCUGCACUUAUAAUGUCUUCGUCCAAGGAUUACUGCGACAUAAUGAUGUUCCGAAGUCAAUAAAAUGUCUUCAGAUUAUGAAAGGCAAAGGUUUUUCCGCAGAUGCUACCACUGUGAAAUUGCUUAUAGAUUACUUCUCUGUCCACAACGGAGAGAAUGCUUUUCAAGAAUUUGUGCCGAAAAUUACUCAACAUUGUGGCGAGCGUAGUUGGUGUGCUCACUGGCGAGUGCUUCAUCUCCCAGAAAUCCUCAUCGCUAUUCACUCGUCUCUCAUGUUGCGUUCAUCAACCAGAACUUCUCUGCGUUUCUUUCGGCAGCAAAAUCAAUUUGGUACUCUUUCUCAUCCCAAACCCUUCAUUUUUCCCACUCAUAUUGAUGCCAUCAAGGACAGACCCCUUCUCGUAGAUUCUAUUAGGAAUCUUCAAAACCUUGAUUCUGCUUUGCAUCUGUUUGACAAAAUGGUUUCCAUGAACCCUUUGCCAUGCGUGAAUGACUUUAACUUUUUGUUUAGCUCUAUUGUUAAGAUGAAGCAUUACACAGCUGCCAUUUCGUUAAUCAAAUACUUGUUCUCCUUACGACUCAAAUCUGAUAUCUAUACACUCAAUAUUGUCAUCAAUUGUCUGUGCCGUUUGAACCACACUCACUUUGCCUUCUCUGUGGUGGGGAUGACGUUUAAAAUCGGCUUGGAGCCCGAUGUGGUCACAUUUAACACCAUUGUUAAUGGUCUUUGUAUUGAAGGCAAUGUGGAUUAUGCUAUUUGGUUUCUUGACCACAUGGAUUACAUGGGAUAUCAACCCGACGCCCACACGUUUGGAACAAUUAUAAAUGGAUUGUGCAAGAUGGGCAACACCCCUGCUGCCAUUGCCAUUCUAAGGAAGACGGAAACAAGAAACCGCAAACCAAGUGUUGAUGUUGCAAGUUAUAGCACAAUUGUGGAUAGUCUUUGCAAGGAUGGGUUGGUUUCUGAGGCUUUGAGUCUAUUCUCCGAAAUGACAACGAAAGGUCUUCAACCCGAUACUAUCACUUACAAUUGCUUGAUUCAUGGACUCUGUACUUUCAACAGAUGGCAAGAGGCUGUGUCCUUACUGAGCGAGAGAAAACAAAAGGGAAUUAUGCCGGAUACGCAUACUUUUAAUAUUUUAGUGGAUGCUCUUUGUAAAGAGGGAAAGAUUUCAAGUGCUAGAGCCAUACUUGGUCAAAUGGUUCGAAUGGGAAAGGAGCCUACUGUUGUUACCUAUAACUCGAUGAUUGCUGGUUGUUGUUUCCUAAGUGAAAUGGAGGAGGCCAUGAAAGUAUUUGAUUUGAUGGUUCACAAGGGAUGCCUACCAGACGCCAACACUUAUACUACAUUAAUCCAUGGGUGGUGCAAGAUCAAAAGUAUUAAUAGGGCUAUUUAUCUCUUGGAGGAAAUGAUCAAUAAAGGAUUAAAUAUGAAUGAUUCGACUUGGAAUACUCUUAUCGGUGGAUUUUGCAGAGUGGGUAAACCUUUAGCUGCUAAAGAAUUGUUUUUUACAAUGCACAAGUUUGGUCAACAGCCUGAUCUACUGACCUGUGGGAUUCUAUUGGAUGGCCUAUUCAAAUGCCAUUUGUCUUCUGAUGCAAUAUCGUUAUUUAGAGAAAUGGAGAAGAAUAAUUUGGAUCUUAAUAUUGUAACUUAUAGUUUGGUGAUGAAUGGGAUGUGCCAAGCUGGAAAACUAAAUGAUGCACGUGAACUCUUCUCCUGUCUGCCAGCAAAAGGCUUGAAGCCUGAUGUAUAUACUUAUACAAUAAUGAUCCAAGGUCUUUGUAGGGAAGGACUUUUGGUUAAUGCUGAAGAGUUACUGAUCAAUAUGGAAGAGGAUGGCUGCCUGCCAAAUUCCUGCACAUAUAAUGUCUUCGUCCGUGGAUUACUGCGACAAAAUGAUGUUCCGAAGUCAAUAAAAUAUCUUCAGAUUAUGAAAGACAAAGGUUUUUCUGCAGAUGCCACCACUGUGAAAUUGCUUAUAGGUCACUGCUCUGUCCACAAUGCUUUUCAAGAAUUUGUGCACAAGAUUAUUUGAAUAAUAAAUAUAACCUAUUAGUUCAUUAUUUGAAUCGAGGAUUUGAUGUUUUAGAUGUUGCAUAACAUAGUCUGUAUUACUUGGUUGUUUAAUUUUGAGGCUUUAGAUUGGGAUAAGUUUGUCUGGACUUUCUGAACAUAUGAAACUGAUACUUCCAUGUUCCUCUUUGUUUGCAAAUUGGCUACAGCAUAGUAAGAAUCUCUUUCUUGAGAAGGUUA